AAACAUUUUCUUGAUGACAGUUUUACCAUUAAAGAUUUAGGUAUUGCUCAUUACUUCCUUGGUUUUGAGUUAAUCUAUACUUCAGAAGGGGUUAUACUUUCUCAACGAAAGUUGGAGAUCCGGUACUGGACCAUAACUGUUGGGAAAGGCCGGAAGACAUGGACACAGCUCGGACUGUGUACGCCGUCGACGCCCCAAACCCGGCAUCGGACGUUGCCGGAGAGACUGCUGCCGCUCUGGCGGCUUCUUCCCUAGCAUUCCGGCCGUCGGACCCCGCCUAUGCGGAUACUCUGCUGUCAACAGCCACUCGGGUGUUCACUUUGGCAGACACAUACCGCGGUGCUUAUAGUGACAAUGCUAAUAUCCGCGACGGCGUUUGCCCCUUCUACUGUGAUUUUGAUGGAUACCAGGACGAAUUGUUGUGGGCAGCAGCAUGGCUAAGGAGGGCAACUCAGACUGAUACUUACCUAAACUACUUGCACGACAAUGCCCAACCCCUUGGCGCAACUGACAAUAUUAUUAACGAAUUUGGUUGGGACAACAAGUACGCUGCUCUCAACGUCCUCGUUUCGAAGGAAGUGUUGGAAGGGAAUGUAUACUCCCUUCAAUCCUAUAGAGCCUCCGCAGAUAGCUUCAUGUGCACGUUGAUCCCGGAAACGCCAUCUAGCCACGUAGAAUACACGCCCGGAGGGCUUAUUUACAAGCCUGGAGGCAGCAACCUGCAACAUGCGACGUUACUGAGUCUCAUGUUGCUGGUUUAUGCCUCCUCCUUGGAACGAUCUCCCCAUUCAACUGUCGUCAGCUGCGGGGGUGCCAGUGUUGGCCCCGCCGUGCUGAGGCAAGUCGCCAAGAGGCAGGUCGACUACAUCUUGGGCGACAACCCGAAGGGAAUGUCGUACAUGGUGGGGUACAGUUACUACUUUCCCCAGAGAAUCCACCACCGCGGCUCCUCCCUUCCUUCGGUCAAGGACCACCCGCAGAUGAUCGCGUGCAAGGAGGGGUCCGCUUACUUCAACUCGUCCAGUCCGAACCCGAACUUGUUGGUCGGGGCGGUCGUGGGUGGCCCCGGAGAGUACGACGAAUACGACGACAUCCGCGGCGAUUUUCAAAAGUCGGAGCCGACGACUUAUAUCAAUGCACCGUUUGUCGGUGCCCUUGCCUACUUCGUCGCUUAUCCGAGUUAGCUCGGAUAGUACUCCAUACAGUAUGUAUGUAUAUAUCCAGUUCAUGAUUCAAUUGCUGAUUGAAUAGGGAAAUGCUACGUAAACUUCAGGCCGGGAAACCAUUAGUUUAAAGAAAGACGAUUAGACACCGAGAUUCAACUGGGUUGUUGAAUCCCUACUAUAGUGGGAUUCAACUAGGUUGUUGUUGUUGAUUAGACACUGAGAGUAAUUGUGUAUGAUACACUAAGGAAUGAUGUUAAAUGUAUAAAGAGCCUCUCGUCUU